AUGAAAUUAUUUACGGGACUAUUUGUUAUUGCUUUAGUAGUCGUCCUCGCCGAAGGACAACGAGGAGGUCCAGGCGGUCCAGGUGGACCAAGAGGACAAAGGGGACCAGGUGGCCCAGGAGGCCCAGGUGGACCAGGAGGACCACAAGGAUUUGGUGGUCCAGGUGGACCAGGAGGCCCAGGUGGACCAGGAGGACCAGGUGGACCAGGAGGACCACAAGGAUUUGGUGGUCCAGGUGGACCAGGAGGCCCAGGUGGACCAGGAGGACCAGAAGGGCCUGGUGGUCCAGCUCCUCCUCCACCUCCACCUCCACCUCCAUUCCUACCCUCAAACUCCACUCUCUCCCCUUCGAACUCAACAGUCGCACCCUCAAACUCAACUACCACAACCACAACCACAACUGAGGCACCUUCAACAUCUACAAUAGUUGAGUAUGCUUAUGCAUGA